AUGGCGAACGAGAUCCGGAGCGACCCUAAGCUCAGCUUCGCCGACUUCAGCGCUGAUCUUCUGGCAGAUGAAACAGCACUCGCUAUGCCCGCUUCCUUUGGAGAAAGCAAGGAGUGGCACUCACUGCCUUUGAGGGACACCAUCCUGACCUGCAUCGCCCGCAUCUCAUCCCGUGUCUUCCUAGGAGAAGAGCUUUGCCGCAACGAGGCAUGGCUCAAGAUCUCUCGAGAGUACGCCUCGACCGUGUUCCCAGCAACCGAUAUCCUACGCACGUACCCGGCCGGCAUCAUCAGGUCUAUCGCCGCCCGGGUCCUGCCCAUCUGCAGGGCCGCGCAGGCGCAGGUGGCCGAGGCACGCGUUAUUCUCCAGCCCGUUCUCGAGAAGCGCAAGGAGGCGAAGGCUGCGGCUGCGGCGGCUGGCAAGACGAUCGAGUUCAACGAUGCCAUAGAGUGGUUUGAGAACGAUUCCGCCAAGACAAAUGCCAGCUACGAGCCGGCGGCGAUGCAGCUGUUCCUCUCGAUUGUGGCCAUCCACACCACCUCAGACCUGAUGACCUAG